AUGCGACGCUGGAGACGGACGACCCUUCAGGGCGCACUCGUGAAGUUCGCUGCCGUGCAAGACAUCAAGGAAGGCCUCGUUCAUGGCCAGGUCAUGGGUCACAAAGAACGCGGUGCGUUCACACAGAUUCAGAAGGAGAAGCUGACGGUGGCAGGCACCCCAAGCUCGAACGAGACGGGCGAAAUUGCGGCGUUGAAUGCCGCACAUGGGCUCAACCUCCCAAGCUUUGAAGGCGCUGGUGUCAUGGAGGAAGGCAGGCAUAGUAGUGGUUGGGGUGGAAACGUUGGUGAUGUUGACGGUGGGGAUUCGUGUGACUGA